GAGAGUGUUCUGGGAGUCUGCUAGGGGACCUGACAGAAUACAGGGAGAAACUAUCCCACUAGCUGAUAUACUGUAGCUGCUCCACACACACUGCUAGACACAGACAGAGAGAGAAGGAGAGAGGUGGAGGCAGAGACAGAGGAAGAGACAGCUGUGGAGUGAGAUAGAGAGAACUGCAGGAAGAGAGCAAGAGAGAGAUAGAGAGGUUUAGAAUUUGACAGACAGAGAAUUAGACAGUGGGAAAGGAGGCACACACAGCACUCACCCUCCACUGACCCCUCGUCUUACCCUCGACUCACCCUUAUCUCCCCACUUACAACAACCUGAGGCAGAGACACACAGCUCUACCAGCGCAGAGAUGAGAUGACUGGACACACACUAACGCACACAUUUUCUCUCUGUUGAAAGAAGACCAGAAUACACACUUUCUUUUUGUUUUCUGUCUCAGCUCCUGCUCUCGUUCUUGGCCAGGAAAAAAAGGAUUACAGUUUAUUUCUUCAGCACAGUCUUUAUUCUCCAAAAGCCCCGAGUCACGUUGGACAAUUUGGAUACGUUCCUCUUUUCUUUCUCCCUCCAAGAGCACAGAGCAACAUGGCACAGGGACAAAAGAACCACAAUAACAGCAGGCAGCAGCGGGCACAACUCCUCACUAACCCCUUCUCCACCAUGGCACUGUCCCUCUCCAUGUCCUUCUUCCUCCUCCUCCUCUUCCUCACCUCUCCUGCCUCGACCGCCGACGAAUACGACUACUACAGCUGGCAAUCAGACAACUUCCACAACGGUCGUUUCUACACAAAGCAGCCGCAGUGUGUGGACAUCCCCGCCGAUUUACGCCUCUGUCACAACGUGGGCUACAAGAAGAUGCGCCUCCCCAACCUGCUGGACCACGAGACCAUGCCGGAGGUCAAACAGCAGGCGGGUAGCUGGGUGCCGCUCCUCGCCAAGCGGUGCCACGCAGAUACACAGGUGUUCCUGUGUUCCCUUUUCGCCCCGGUGUGUCUGGACAGGCCCAUCUACCCGUGUCGCUCGCUGUGUGAGGCCGUGAGGGAUAGCUGUGCCCCAGUUAUGGAAACCUACGGGUUCCCUUGGCCAGAGAUGUUGACCUGUGAUAAGUUUCCUAUUGAUAAUGAUCUGUGUAUCCCCAUGCAGUUUGCUGGGAACCAGGCCACCCCGGCUCCAGCAUCUAAAGCCUGCCCUCCAUGUGACAACGAACUGAAAGCUGACACCAUUAUGGAACAUUACUGUGCCAGUGACUUUGCUAUCAAGAUGAAGAUCAAAGAAGUGAAGAAAGAGAAGGGCGACCGUAAACUCAUCGCUGCCCAGAAGAAGAAGAAGGUGCUCAAGAUGGGUGUCCUGCGUAAGAAGGACUUGAAGAAGCUGACACUGUACAUAAAGAACGGAGCCAACUGCCCCUGUGCUCAGCUCGACAGUCUUGGCAGUAACUUCCUCAUCAUGGGUCGUAAGGUGGAUCAGCAGCUGCUGCUCAUGUCCAUCCACAAAUGGGAGAAGAAAAGCAAGGAGUUGAAGUUCGCCAUCAAGUAUAUGAAGAGUCAUCAGUGUCCCACCUAUCAUACUGUCUUCCAGUGACCUUAGUGACACAACAAUCACAACCCUACUCCCAGUCUUCCCCAGUUGUCCCCUCCUCUCCCGUCUAUCCUUCCAUUGUCCUACCUAUCAUACUGUUUUGCUGUGACACUGUGGAGAUGUAUCCUUCAUAUCCAGUGGUUUUGUGAUGCCUGUAGAAGUGGGUAUACUCUAAUUCUGCCAAAAAUAUUCCCAAAUGGCCCGUCAAAGGAAAGGCAAAAAAUAUAUAUAUUUUCCUAUAGUUUUUCUGUAUUUUCCUAUAGAUUUUUCAGGUUUUCACUCUCAGAAUCACACUUUUUUAUAUAUAGAAAAACAAAUGUAUGUUCUAAGUCCACGAUAAUGCUUAACCACAUCAGGGGACCAUUUUUGAGGCCUGGGAAAAUCGUAAUAAAAUCUUUUUGGCAGGUAGUAGUUGCCCAUUAAUUCAGUUGUGCACCUAGCGAGAUACCCUUUAUGCACUACAAAUGCAAAAUACAGUAACUACAUAUUUGUUGACUGUAUGAUCCGUCUUCAAAGUAUUUUUCUGUCUAGACAGACAGCAUUCUCUGAUUCUCAAUGAUAUCUUCUGAUCAACUGGUUUGUUCUUGUGUGAGGAAACUUAAUUCCACAUUAAUCAGAUAAUAUACUUAGCCAUUAGAAUGGAUCAAAGACUUUUGAACAAAUUCGUAGUUACUGCAUUUUGCCUUUGUAGGGUGGAAUUUGGCUCGUGGUGUUUCUGUACUGUACAAUGUCCUACAUGUGAUGGCAGAGUUUGUAAAACAAAUGCCCUCCCAAUUGAUACAAAUCAUCAUGGUAUCAUUCUACCAGGUAGGCCUACUUUGUAAUCAACAUUUAAUUGGAAAGGAUUUUUGCCAGACAUUUUCAUUCACACAGAGCAUGAUGACUGAAUUGCACACCAAUUUCGGACCCCACUUUUUCAAUAUCUGGUUUGCAUACACAUUGUUGCCUUAUUUAGCAUUUACUGGUAGAUAUCAAAAGUUGAAACUUCUUUCCUACCUACCCUACUAACCGAUGUCGUUCUUCUGUGAGCUGCUCCAUGAAACAACCAGUUGAUAGCUGCGCACUCUUGCUGUCUGCUCUGAAACUAGGCUAUGUGUGCAGCUCACGUGUGAAUAUACACCAUAUUUACAAAAGUAUUUAGACAUCCCUUCAAAUGAGUGGAUUUGGGUAUUUCAGCCACACCCAUUGCUGACUGGUGUAUAAAAUCGAGCACACAUCCACGCAAUCUCCAUAGACAAACAGUGGCAGUUGAAUAGCCUUACUGAAGAGCUCAGUGGCUUUCAACGUGGCACGGUCAUCGGAUGCUACCUUUCCAACAAGUCAAAUGUCUGCCCUGCUCGAGCUAACCUGGUCAUCUAUAAGUGCUGUUAUUGUGAAGUGGAAACAUCUAGGAGCAACAAUGGCUCAGCCGCGAAGUGGUCGACCACACAAGCUCACAUAAUGGGACUGCUGAGUGCUGAAGCGCGUAGCACGUAAAAAAAAAUGUCUCUCCUCUGUUGCAACACUCACUACCGAGUUCCAAACUGCCUCUGGAAGCAACAUCAGCACAAUAAUUGUUCUUCGUCUAGGCCCCUUAGUUCCAGUGAAGGGAAAUUUUAACACUACAACAUACAAUGACAAUCUAGACAUCUCUGUGCUUCCAAAUUUGUGGCAACAGUUUGUGGAAGGUCCUUUUCUGUUUCAACAUGACUACACACAAAGCGAGGUCCAUACGCAAAUGGUUUGUCGAGAUCAGUGUGGAAGAACUUGACUGGCCUGCACAGAGCCCUGACCUCAACCCCAUCAAACACCUUUGGGAUCAAUUGGAAUGGCUGUGAGCCAGGCCUAAUCAUCCAACAUCAGUGCCCAACCUCACUAAUGCUCUUGUGGCUUAAUGGAAGGAAGUCCCAGCAGCAAUGUUCCAACAUCUCGUGGAAAGGCUUCCCAGAAGAGUGGAGGCUGUUAUAGCAGCAAAGGGGGAUCAACUCAUGAUUUUGGAAUGAGAUGUUCAACAAGCAGGUGUCCACAUACUUUUGGUCAUGUAAUUUAUUUCACAUGCCUUGCGUUUGUGUAGGAUACUUUGUGCAUGAUUUCUUUAUUGUACUACAUAAUUGAUCCGAUGUAUACCGCCAUUACACUAGAAGUACACUCAUUAAAAAGUGAGGGUAGAGGCCUCCCGGGUGGCGCAGUCGUCUAAGGCUGCAUCGCAGUGCUAGCUGUGCCACCAGACAUUCUGGGUUUGAGCCCAGGCUCUGUCACAGCCGGCCGCGACCAGGAGGUCCAUGGGGCGAUGCACAAUUGGCCCAGCGUCGUCCGGAUUAGGAUUGUGUUUCGGAGGAUGCAUGGCUCUUGACCAUUGCCUCUCCCGAGUCCGUACAGGAGUUGCAACAAUGAGACAGGACUGGAACUACUACCAAUUGGGGAGAAAAAAGGGGUAAAAAAAAGCUGUGAGGGUAUGCAGUGCCCACGGGGGAUUAAGAGGUGAGUGUACUUCCACUGACGUUUUUUUCGGGUAUACGGCGUAUACCUGGGGAUACCCUCCACUAAGCCACUGUUCAUAUCUCACAAAUAGCUCUAUUAGUAUUGGAUUAGUAUUCCCAUCUAGUCUGGUCCCAGAUCUCUUUGUGCUCUUGCGAACUCCAUUUCUGUCCUUGUCAAGCCAAAAUGACAAUGAGUUGGGCAUGAUACCACAAACAGACUGGCACUCGGGCUACUUCUCACCUGGCUAUCUAUCCCUCAUUCUCACCCAAGUCUCCCCAGUCUCUCUCCCAAGUCUCGCCCGGUCUCACACCAGUCUCCCACAUAUCCCACCAUGCUCUAGAAAACACCCUCCAUGCACCUCGGCUCCAGACCCCUCCAGAUCCUCUAGACCCCUCCAGACCCCUCCAGACCCUCUAGACCCCUCCAGACCCCUCCAGACCCUCUAGACCCCUCCAGACCCUCUAGACCCCUCCAGACCCACUAGACCCCUCCAGACCCUCCAGACCCUCCUGACCACUAGUCCAAACAUUGAACCUUUUUGUGGCCCAAUCUCCUUUCUGCUACCCACCCACCCCCUGUAGACUAUUCUGAUAACUCACUCCCUAGCCCCUACCCUACAGUAGCACUUUCUCUAGCCCCUACCCUUUCUCUAGCCCCUACCCUAGCCCCUACCCUACAGUAGCACUAUUUUAUACCUGACCUGAGAGCCCCAAAGAAACCCAGACUUUCCUGUUUUUGAGAUGGUUACUACAGAUUUUUGAUACAGGGGUGGUGGUGCUACUAACCUGCCAUAUAUUGGAGUCAGCGUUUAUCACAGUCACAAGGUAACGGGAUCCUCCAAGACACUAUGAGAUUGUUAGAUUCUAUAAAUAAAACAAUCACAUGUAUAUUUUACAGAUGUCCCCUUAUCAUUAUGACGAUAGCAGAGGGGGUUAGUAAAAAGUAUGGUAAGACUUGCACAGAUUGCGGUAAGGACAAUGCUUUUGGUGCUUUGAAUGAUUUUAUAAUUCUUCAAAAGAAUGCAGACAUUGGAGUAAAGCAAGCUUCAAGAUUUAUUAAUAGUCAAAAGGGAGAGUUUAUGCUUUUGAGAUAAAGGGGUAAGAGAAAAUGCAUGUGUAAAGUUUGAGUUAAAGGUUGUGCCCUUAGCAAGCCAUUUGUGUGUUCAGUAGACACUGAAAUAGACAAGCUACCUGUCUGUCCAGAGUGGAUAUAGAAAGUUAGUUAGCUGCUGAUGACACCUUAUUUGAAUGUUCUGUCAUACGCUCAAAAUCAUGACUGAGCAGGAUCAGGUAUUUCCUGAAAACACAGACAGGUUUUUCAGAAACGUGAUUGGAGGAUAUCCACAUGUCCUUUCUAUUCCCUCCCGAUUCCAGGAAUUUUUCAACCAGGAAUUCUAGAAAACCAAGGAAUUUGGGGAAAGUUAUCAGAAUUUUGCAGGCCUACACAGAAACAUUAUGGAAUAUUCAAAUAACAUGUUUCCAUACCUUGUUGUGUUUCUCAUUUUAUGUAGAAAUGAAUGAAAAAGUUAAUUAAAUGAAAAAAAUAUAAUAAUAGGUUGUUGAUAUCAAAAAUAUCAAAAAGAAGAUGGAUGUAUGAAUUCCUAGAAAGAAGAAGAAGAUAUGGAUUGAUGGAUUGAUGCUGCCACUGACUAUCGUACAGAGCAGCCUGCAUUGGGACCAUCAGCCUACUCCUCAGAAAGAGACAUAGAGAGAGAAGGAUACUAAAUCUGAGAACAGAAAGAAAAAGAAGAGAGGCCAGAGAGAGAGAGACUCAUAUUAUGGAAUAAAACUACCCAUUGGGUGGUGAACUCUCUGGUUCUCACUAUGUUUCACUGUCACUAUUGAACAUUUUCACUUUUUAGUACCGCUUGAUUUUACAGCUCUCUAGUUACCAGGUAUUUACCUAUGUAUUAAAAUAUAUUGUGAGAAAAAUAUCGGUUCAUUUGGGAAUUGAGUGUAAUAUAGACCAGAGAGUACCUUAUGUUAGAAGAAAUGUCACAUGACAUACCAGAUGACAAUUCCAGUGGUAAAAGGACUGUAAAGGGACAGCACCCAACUUUAAAACAAAAAAAUGAAUUUGUUAUAAUUUGCUUGAAUUAUACUUUAUGGUACGGUACACCAAGAAUCAAGAAUCAUAUACAGACAUAGCACUUGAAUUCAUGAAAAGAUUAAUUUCACUUAGGCAGUUAUGUUUUUAACCCUUUAAAACUUAAGUAGUUCUGUUACUGAACCACUUUUUAUUGUUUUGUAAAAGUAAAUAAAUAAAAUAUAAAAUUAAAUAUAAUUGACAUUUUUAUAAAGAU